UCGCUUAGUUGCACAGUGUGUUGAUAGAGAGAAUUCUGCUAUUCUUGUUCAUGGGUCAGAAGGUCUGGAUGCAAGUCUACAGGUGACCUCGUUGGCUCAGGUUAUUCUCGAUUUAGACUGCAGAACAGUGAGGGGCUUUGAAGCUCUUAUCGAGAGAGAAUGGAUCCAAGCUGGCCAUCCGUUCCUCAGCAGAUGUUCCAAGUCAGUCUUCUCUCAGAGCAAGAACAAAUACGCUGGUCCGGUGUUUCUUCUCUUCUUAGACUGUGUCUGGCAGAUAUUCCAACAAUUCCCAUGCUCUUUUGAGUUCAACGAGAAAUUCCUCAUCAUGCUGUUUGAGAAUGCAUACGCAAGCCAGUUCGGUACAUUUUUGUGCAAUAACGAGAAUGAAAGAAGGAUGGCUCGAGUAUCUGAGAAAACAGUUUCUCUUUGGACAUACAUCAACCGUCCUCAGAUUCUCCAGACAUUCUUCAAUCCCCUCUACCAACCCAAUCAGCAGGUCAUCUGGCCUUCGGUUGCCCCACAGAGCCUGGCUCUAUGGUCAAGCCUUUACAUGAGAUGGACGUUGAGUGAUACAGUGACCAGUAUACCUACACAGGUCAUCAGAGAUAUCAAACAGAGUGAUAAAGAACUCAGGUUAAAGGUCAACGAACUAAGAAGGCAAUUGGCAGAUCUUCAGAAGGAAGCCUUAGAGAAAGGGCUGAUCAGCGAUUGAAUGCCAGCCAAGUACUCUACAUUCCUUUGUUUUGUUUCUCACAAGGUCUAGUUGAAUCAGUUCAUUGUGAUGUCACAAAAGUAGUGGACUUGUCUAUUUACUCCUGGGCAAUUCUUUUGAAAUAUGUACCUCAAACCCGCUAUAUGCAGGAUGUUCUUUAAAUGAUACAUCCUGCUUUGUGCUUCAUAUGAACAGGGCCCUGUCCCACAAAGAGUUGAUCCAAUCAACGACAACUUUGGAAAGCCAGCAUCUGCAACAUCUAAGAUACAUAUUUGAUAAAAAAUAUUUCCUAGAUAUACUUUAUAUUCAUACAUUCAUAGUUUUCUUGAAAAUUCAUUUUGCUUCUCUUUGCUUACAAAGGACAUUGCGCAAACUUCCUGAAGAGGAAAUUAUGACGUUGAUGGAUUUCCAUAUACGUGAAGUUGAUCGGAUCAAUGGGAACUCUUUGUAGACAGGGCCCAGGGCUCCAUCUUACAAAGAGUAACAAUUGAUCCAAUCAAUCGUAACUCUAUAAAAAUCCAUCAGUGUCAUAAUUUUUUUC